GGCGUGGAUCCGCCCAUUAAAGCCCCCCGGCGCGUCUUGUCUCAGCAGCUACAGAGCCAUAAGCCCGUUAGCCGAGAUGCAACUCGCACCUCAGGCGUGAAUCUUGUCCGCUUCAAUCGCCUCACUUGCUACACCGACAGACGCUUCUCCGCUCCCAAUCCUCCUGCCGACGAGUCCGCUGCCACGACGCGUGAUUCUGCCUUCUUGUAGCCGGACGACUGCCGCCGCAUCGCUCCUUACUGCUCGACGUGCCCUGUCUGUUUGGGCCUCGUGCUCAGCAGUCACCACGUCCAGGGGUCCUCAGUCGAUGUAUGGGCAUAUUGGCUUGUUGCGCGAACCUAGGGAGUGAGAUUGGGGCCAUUUGUAGCGGGAGCCCUUGAAAUUUUGUCGAUUAUUCCUUGGAUUUGGUUAUUUUUGAGUGGGGUAUCAAAAUGGGUGUAUCAGGCCUUCUGCCGCUUCUCAAGUCGAUCCAGAAGCCGACAGAGCUGAAAAAGUUCAAUGGAGAGACUCUGGCCGUAGACGGUUAUGGAUGGCUGCACCGGGCUGCCUAUUCGUGUGCGGUUGAGCUUGGUCAAGGAAAACCUACCAAGAAGUUUAUCAAUGCGGCUCUGCAUAGAGUUAAGAUGCUGAAGCAUUUCGGCGUCACCCCCUACAUGGUAUUUGACGGCGACUUUCUCCCUAGCAAGGCUGCUACCGAGGCCUCUCGUGCUAAAAAGCGAGAGGAAAAACUCAGGCUUGCCAACGAAUAUCUGAAGGCCGGAAAGUCCUCUCAGGCAGCCCAGGAAUUCCAGAAAUGCAUUGACAUCACUCCCGAAAUGGCGUCUGCCCUGAUUCAGCAGCUGAGAAAGAUGGAUAUCCCCUAUGUCGUGGCCCCAUAUGAAGCAGAUGCUCAACUCGUGUACCUUGAGCGCCACGGCUUCGUCGAUGGUAUCAUUUCAGAUGACUCAGAUCUGCUCGUCUUUGGAGCAAAGCGGCUGCUAACCAAGUUGGAUCAAUAUGGAAACUGCAUUGAGAUCAACCGGCGUGACUUCUGUGCCUGCCGUGAGAUUUCUUUGACCGGUUGGAGCGACACUGAGUUUCGACGAAUGGCGAUCAUGAGUGGCUGUGAUUAUCUCAAUGGCCUUCCAGGGGUAGGGCUGAAAACAGCGUACCGGAUGCUGCGAAAAACAAAGUCUCCUGAGCGCAUUGUCCGCUUGCUGCAAUUCGAGGGGAAACGCGUGUCAGAGAACUACCUGACUCUGUUCUACCAGGCGGAGCUCACAUUUUUGCAUCAAUGGGUAUUCUGCCCUACUAAGAAAGAGUUGGUUCAUCUCACAGAGUUGGAUGGGACACGCACAGCGGAGGAAAUGCCCUUUAUUGGAUCUUACGUUGAGCCGGAGAUGGCUCGCAAAAUUGCAAAUGGCGAUGUAAAUCCCAUCACGAAACUACCAAUCACUCUACCGGCUACACCUUCCAAGCGGAGGCAUUCUCAGAGCGCUGCGGCCGCCGAUGCUUCGGGUCGCCCGCUUUCCAAGCCCAUCAAUUCAUACUUCAAGGGACAUGAUCGGAUACCUAUGGCCGAGAUGGACGCCAAUUGUUUUUCGGUCGACCCUCAACGGCUUUCGCAAAUUACAUCCGAGGGCGCCAAUCCACGAGUGUUUCCGUUACCGAGACCUUACAUUCCUGGAUCGCAGCAGUCGGCUGAUGGCACAAAUUUCCCCCAGUUGACGCAACCAGCUCCACGGACCUCGCCUCGUCUGAAUCGACGGCGUACUGAGCCGAUCUCUAGUCUGUUAGCCAGUGUCUCAAACAGUCGCCCACCCCAGGCAGAGGCCUCGAGCAGACCUCCCAAGAAAGCACGUCUGUGUGACGACUCGUUUGAUGCUGACGCAGACGGGUCACCAAAGAAGAGUCGCUUCUUCGCUGCCAAGAAAGCACUCAGAAAGAGCCCACGGAAGGCAAACAGCGACGUAUAUCUGAUGUUAUCAGAUGACUCUCUGGAUGAAGCGCUCAACAAUCUUCCCGAUAUUGAAGGCUGGGCGUCUGGACCGCCAAAGAGAGGCGUUUCGAUAUUUUCUGACAAGCAAAAGGAGCUGCCUCCUAGUCAGCCCGAAAGCAUUAAUCGACAAGACUCUAUUCAGACAGAUACGAAGCAACCUGGCCGUAGUCAACCAGGAAUUACAAGCCAAGAAACAGGGCUCACAUCUCUAGACACCAGCCAGCCAGAAACCCCCGAUGAAACCCCCGAUGAAACCCCCGAGUCUUCGGUCGAUGCUUCUACGCCACUUCCAAAGCUGCCAGAUUCAACGCCUCAAAUCGCUCGCACUCCCCCUCGAGCUCGAACUAGCUUAUCUCGGUUUUCAUAUUCCUCUAAAUCUACGGAUACGCCGGCGUCAACAACGUCACAAUCCUGCUCAGUAUUCAGCGCUGCCUCUACAGCAUCUACCGCGCCCUCCACUGCCCGAGCGAGGCAAACGCCCCUUCAACGCAUGAGAGCGUGGGCGCUCAAAACUCCGUCAUCUCCAACACUGUCCGUGCCGCGAAAAGAUGCCGGCGAGAGCCCGAGCGCCAAAGGACCAAUCGAACCUGAGCGUAUCCCACUCCCCAAGGUAGACUUGAAUGAAAUGGAGGCGCUGAAUAAGCCGUGCGGAAGCGAAGACCAAAUCAUCCCCGAUAGUGACGAGGAAGAGGAGGAGGGAGAGGAAGAGGAGGCCAAGCUUCCUACCAAAAAGCUCAACCUUGCCCGCUUCGCUUAUUCCUAAGGGCGGCGCGUUGUGCUACCACUCGUAAUUCCUUUUAUCUACCUUACCCACCACUUCAUCAGACGAUUUGGAAGUCUGGGGUUUGUGGUUCAAUGUUAAUGUGUUAAUGAUGUUUCAUACACGGGCGUUUGCUUCAGAAACUCAUUGGUUUUGUUGUCGUUUGGGCUUGGGGAGACGAAACGCCUUGGACGUUACGGGACAAUUGGUGUUGGUAUUUUUCUCUGCGUAUUGGAAGCCUAAAUAACUUUGGUCUUUUUGUUAAGAGUUCUGUUGAGGGCAUUGUUGUUUGGCUGGUUUUGCGUCCAUGGAUCAUGACGGCCUUGAUCACAGGAAAUAGUAGAGUAGUAAAGGCAUAGAUAGCUUAGGUAGAUGAAAGAAAUAAAUGUCGUAUGUUCGAG